UGUCUCUCUAUAGUUUCUAACGCCCCCCUCUCUCCAUGCAUCACACCUUCGCCCCCUUUAUAAACCCCAUCACUCCCUUUCCCUCACAAACACAUCCCUUUCACUUUCACUUUCUCCCCCUCUCUCUCUCUCUGCAACUCAUUAUCAUGGUGGUGCUAUCUCAGCCGAUUGUCGAUGGCAAUCUGGCCCACAUCAAGACAUGCAAGGCGGCCGCGAACGCCGUCGCCAUCCCCGUCGUCGACCUCUCGGAAUCCGGCGCCAAAACCGUCAUCGCGGACGCCUGCAGAGACCUCGGCUUCUUCAAGGUGAUCAACCACAGAAUCUCCAUGGAUUUCCUGGCCGACAUGGAGGCGGAGGCCAUGAAGUUCUUCAAACUGGCGCCGCAGGAGAAGGCGCAAUUCGGGCCCCCGAACCCCUUCGGCUACGGCAGCAAGGUCAUCGGCCCCAACGGCGACGUCGGGUGGGUCGAGUACCUCCUCUUCUCCACCAACCCCGACCUCAUCUCCCGCAACCCUAACUUCGCCGCGCCGGGGAUCUCCCAAACAUUAUGGGAGAUGGUGAGCGAGUACGUAUCGGCGGUGCGGGAGAUGGCGUGCUCGGUGCUGGAGAUGAUCGCGGAGGAGCUGGAGAUGGAGGCGCGGGAGGCGCUGAGCCGGCUGAUCAGCGACGAGAGGAGCGACUCGUGCUUCCGCGUGAACCACUACCCAGCCUGCCCGGAGCUGCAGGCAUUGAGCGGUCGGAGCCUGAUCGGCUUCGGGGAACACACGGACCCACAAAUAAUAUCCGUUUUGAGGUCCAACAACGCGUCAGGCCUGCAAAUCUGCGACGCCGAUGCCACGUGGCUCUCUGUCCCACCCGAUCACACCACGUUUUUCUUCAUCGUUGGGGAUUCGCUGCAGGUGAUGACUAACGGGAGGUUCCGGAGCGUGAAGCACAGGGUGUUGGCGGACAGCCGGAAAUCGCGAGUGUCGAUGAUAUACUUCGGGGGGCCGCCGCUGACGGAGAAGAUAACGCCGUUAGCGGGGGUGAUGGAGGAAGGGGAGGAGAGUUUGUAUAAGGAAUUCACGUGGUGUGAAUACAAGAAGUCAGCCUACAAGACAAGGUUGGGUGACAAUAGGCUAAGCCUUUUUGAGAAGUCUGCUACUGCUGCUGCCACUGCCGCUGCUGCCCAAUAGAUAGAUUUCCUCUCUCUCUCUCUUAAUUUAUUUUAAUUUUAAUUUUUGCAUAGUAUUAGUAUAGUAUAGUAGUAGUAAAUAGUAAAUAUAUGUGUGGUCAAAACCUUGGAAUCCCAACUCUGAUGAGAAUUGAGAAUUGAGGUUGGUUGACUAGAGCGAAAGUGGAGAUUCGGAUUAGGAUAGGUUCAAUUCAAUUCUCCUUUUUUUUCCUUUUUUUUUUUAAUUUAGUUUUGUAACAUUUUUAUUUCGUCACCUAACUUCUCGUUUUGUGUUUAAUAGUAACAACUACCGCAUUCCCUUUUGUAUUAAAUGAGAAAUUGUCAUCUAUCUCGACUGUA